AUGCCUUUGUCUCACGCUGCGGAAAUAAUCCUGUGCAUUCUUUUUGCCAUUAUAUUCAUCGCUAACAUUGCAGGAAAUGUAUUCGUAUGUGCGAUCGUGCUUAAAACUAAGAAGCUGCAGAACUUUACUAAUAUUCUGGUAGUCAACAUGGCUGUUGGAGAUGUCAUCGUUGGAGUGAUCGGUGUGAUGCAUAUAAUUCUGGAAGUUUUGGUUCUCAUCAGUUUAGGAAAUGAAUUCACUCUUCUUUGCGGAGUCUUGAAUGGAAUCGUGUUGUUUAGUGCGUCAAUUUCCAUCUACACCAUGGCUGUGUUGGCUUACGAUCGAUACCUAAGCGUCGUUAAACCGAUGGAAAGGCGUACACGACUUACAAAAGGUAAACUCAAAUACAUUUUUGCAGUCAUAUGGGUUUUCUCGUUUGCCAUUCUCGUUCCAAGUUUGUUUUUUAUCCAUAACUACGAGUUUAAAACAGAUCAGACAGAACAACUUAUCUGUUGGAAUACGCUACCGCAGAGAGAAUUUCCUCUUGCCCACAGGAUAACUCUUUUCACGCUAAUGUAUUUCAUACCGAUGUUUAUAACUCUAUAUUUUUUUGGAAAAAUCUUCAUUCAUCUUUGGAUGCGUAAACACGACGAAAAGAGUCCUUCAACAAACCAAGUGCUUCUACAAUCGCGACAGCGAGUCACAAAAAUCCUUGGCAGUGUUAUUUUGCUGUUCAAUAUAUGUUGGCUUCCAUGGUUUGUUUUCUGUUCAUUUGGGGUACUCGAGCAUUCUCAAGUACUGGAAUCAGGCCUGGCGCUUUUGGCUGUUAGUCAUUCUACUGUGAACCCUUUCGUGUACUCGUUUCAAAGUAGUAAUUUCCGACGGCACAUUCGAAGAAUUACGAAAAGGAAACACUGGGUGAACAAUGAGAAAGAACUCAGAAACUUAGCAGCGAAAAACUCAGCGGAAACAAAUCAAUAA